AUGGCGGCGGUGGCACUCAAGCUUUUGGCAAAACAAGAAUCGAAAGAUGUCUUAACCAAGAUUUUGGGCAGCACACUUCUAGAUACCGUAUGUUUUUUGGCAAAACAGGCAUUACCGUUUAUUUUGAAGUUCAGUUGCCAACGCUUUCCUGACCGGUAUACUCCGGUUCAAAACCUUGGUAGUCUUGAUAGGUAUCAUACGUACACCACUUUGGAUAGAUACUGCAGGACGGCUACACCAACGGACAUUAGGUACCACACCCUUUCAACCGACAAGCACUCCACGGGCGGUCGAUACACCCCCGUGGAAAAGUACCAGGGCGGUACCACCGAAAGGCAUCGGCACCACCAUACUCACCACCAAUCGGCGCAGAACGUUUGCUUUGCAGCAAGCGAGUCCAGGCGAAGGAGCAACGGAUCCAAGCAGGACGUGUACAAAGUCAGAGAGAGGUCCUCCAGUUCGGAUAGGAAGGACAGGCAAGAUAGGGAGGAUAGGCAGGCGAGCACAGGGUACCACCGGUUGGAACAGUACGUCGCGGAUAGGUUUCCUACAAUUCCCUGCCCCGAAAGGUUCGCCACGAAAGAAAAACCGGACCACCUGUUCUCCAUGGCACCGUCAAGCACGCCUAGCAGUUACCUGGAGCCACCGUCUCCGGCGCCGGUGUCCGCCUCCGAGCGCCGGUUUGCUCCGCCUGCGCCUCCCUCGCUAUCUCCGGAUCACGCCCACCACGAGGACUCCACCCCCUCCCCGGAUUGCUUCGCCAACAAUGCUUUCCCAUCACCCACCGCGCAAGGGGGCUUGGUGCCGGCGGCCACCGAAAGAUUCGCGCCACCUCCGCCGCUGUCGCCUUCGCCCACCGAACAACAGCACCACCACCACCCACAACGGUACGCGCCGGCUGUAUCGCCGAAGAAGCUGGAGAGGUACGAGAAGCGAUACCACCAUCAUCAACCGCAGCAGCAACAACAACAGCAAACAGCGACGUCCGCCACUACAACUACAGCAACAAUUGCCGUUACUGCUGCUGGCGUUGUAGCUGUUAACGGUGCAGGAGAGAGGUUUUCUCACAAGGAUAGGUACCAAAAUUACUCGGAACGGUACCCCUCCGUCAGCUACCACACGGACAAAUUUGUACAUAACGACACCCGAUACAACUCAAAUCCGAACAACAGCGGAGGCGAGCGGUACAUCCCUCCGAACGCACACACACCCGUCGAGCGGUACAUCCCUCAACCCCAAGAACCAUACUACGGAUCAUCGUACCAGGGCUACCAAGGGUUCAAGUACUCCAACUCGAGCGCUAGCGAUCCGUACAUGCGAAGAGACUUAGCCUACCAUUACAGAUUGUCGCUGCCUUACAAUGGGAGUCACUACCAACGGGUCAGGUAUAUGGGCACCCCCAAUAGAAUGAAGUGCUGUCAACUGCAGGAUUACCAGUUGUCAAAGUCCAGCCCUGGGUCGAGCUCGAGUAGCAGCUCUGUCACAAGCAGGCGAGUACAAUAA